AUGUACACUCGGGGUGGGGAUGUGCUGGGAUGGGAGGUGCUGGACUGGGGAUGGCAAGGAUGGGCGGUGGUGGGAUGGGGAGUGAUAGGGAUGGUGAGUGCUGGGAUGGUGAGUGCUGGGAUGGUGAGUGCUGGGAUGGUGAGUGCUGGGAUGGUGAGUGAUAGGGAUGGUGAGUGCUGGGAUGGCGAGUGCUGGGAUGUGAUAGGGAUGGUGAGUGCUGGGAUGGUGAGUGCUGGGAUGGUGAGUGCUGGGAUGGUGAGUGCUGGGAUGGUGAGUGCUGGGAUGGUGAGUGCUGGGAUGGUGAGUGAUAGGGAUGGUGAGUGCUGGGAUGGCGAGUGCUGGGAUGUGAUAGGGAUGGUGAGUGCUGGGAUGGUGAGUGCUGGGAUGGUGAGUGCUGGGAUGGUGAGUGCUGGGAUGGUGAGUGCUGGGAUGGUGAGUGCUGGGAUGGUGCUGGGAUGGGGAGUGAUAGGGAUGGUGAGUGCUGGGAUGGUGAGUGCUGGGAUGGUGAGUGCUGGGAUGGUGAGUGCUGGGAUGGUGAGUGCUGGGAUGGUGAGUGCUGGGAUGGUGAGUGCUGGGAUGGUGAGUGAUAGGGAUGGUGAGUGCUGGGAUGGCGAGUGCUGGGAUGUGAUAGGGAUGGUGAGUGCUGGGAUGGUGAGUGCUGGGAUGGUGAGUGCUGGGAUGGUGAGUGCUGGGAUGGUGAGUGCUGGGAUGGUGAGUGCUGGGAUGGUAGGUGCUGGGAUGGUGAGUGAUAGGGAUGGAGAGUGCUGGGAUGGCGAGUGCUGGGAUGUGAUAGGGAUGGUGAGUGCUGGGAUGGCGAGUGCUGGGAUGGUGAGUGAUGGGAUGGUGAGUGCUGGGAUGGUGAGUGCUGGGAUGGUGAGUGCUGGGAUGGUGAGUGCUGGGAUGGUGAGUGAUAGGGAUGGUGAGUGCUGGGAUGGUGAGUGCUGGGAUGGUGAGUGCUGGGAUGGUGAGUGCUGGGAUGGUGAGUGCUGGGAUGUGAUAGGGAUGGAGAGUGCUGGGAUGGCGAGUGCUGGGAUGGUGAGUGAUGGGAUGGUGAGUGCUGGGAUGGUGAGUGCUGGGAUGGUGAGUGCUGGGAUGGUGAGUGCUGGGAUGGUGAGUGCUGGGAUGGUGAGUGCUGGGAUGGUGAGUGCUGGGAUGGUGAGUGCUGGGAUGGUAAGUGCUGGGAUGGUGAGUGCUGGGAUGGUGAGUGCUGGGAUGGUGAGUGCUGGGAUGGUGAGUGCUGGGAUGGUGAGUGCUGGGAUGGUAAGUGCUGGGACGGUGAGUGCUGGGAUGGUAAGUGCUGGGAUGGAAAGCCUGUCAUCUGUGGAGCUACUCAACAACGUUCGCACACCCGCACAACAGCAGUGGGUUAGAGACGAGGCAGCUGGAGUCGCUGCCGGAGCGGAUGACAAUCCGCUGAAGUUGUACUCAACGUUCGACAUCGACGUUGGAUCAUUGCCGUGGGGAAAUCCUUUUCUCGCUGUCAUGGCGGACAUCAUGCACCAGGCAGACCUGGGGAUGCUGGACCACAUCGUGGUGUUGAUCUUUUUGGUGGCUGACGUUGUCGGCUCGCCCCAGCUGGAGGCCAUCAGAGCAUACCUUGACUGCAACGUGGCCACCGACCAAGGCGUGCAAACGGCUAUGCAAAAGGUAGGUGCUGUGAGGGGAGGCGCUGAGAUGGUGAGUGCGAUGAGGGGAGGUGCUGAGAUGGUGAGUGCGGUGAGGGGAAGUGCUGAGAUGGUGAGUGAUGUGAGGGGAGGUGCUGAGAUGGUGAGUGCUGUGAGGGGAGGUGCUGAGAUGGUGAGUGCUGUGAGGGGAGGUGCUGAGAUGGUGAGUGCUGUGAGGGGAGGUGCUGAGAUGGUGAGUGCUGUGAGGGGAGGUGCUGAGAUGGUGAGUGCUGUGAGGGGAGGCGCUGAGAUGGUGAGUGCUGUGAGGGGAGGUGCUGAGAUGGUGAGUGCUGUGAGAGGAGGUGCUGAGAUGGUGAGUGCUGUGAGGGGAGGUGCUGAGAUGGUGAGUGCUGUGAGGGGAGGUGCUGAGAUGGUGAGUGCUGUGAGGGGAGGUGCUGAGAUGGUGAGUGCUGUGAGGGGAGGUGCUGAGAUGGUGAGUGCUGUGAGGGGAGGUGCUGAGAUGGUGAGUGCUGUGAGGGGAGGUGCUGAGAUGGUGAGUGCUGUGAGGGGAGGUGCUGAGAUGGUGAGUGCUGUGAGGGGAGGUGCUGAGAUGGUGAGUGCUGUGAGGGGAGGCGCUGAGAUGGUGAGUGCUGUGAGGGGAGGUGCUGAGAUGGUGAGUGCUGUGAGGGGAGGUGCUGAGAUGGUGAGUGCUGUGAGGGGAGGUGCUGAGAUGGUGAGUGCUGUGAGGGGAGGUGCUGAGAUGGUGAGUGCUGUGAUGGGAGGUGCUGAGAUGGUGAGUGCUGUGAGGGGAGGUGCUGAGAUGGUGAGUGCUGUGAGGGGAGGUGCUGAGAUGGCGAGUGCUGUGAGGGGAGGUGCUGAGAUGGUGAGUGCUGUGAUGUGA